GUUUGCACGGCAAAAUGACAGAAAUUUAAUUAGCGAUUGAAAAUGCGCGAUGCAAUCUAAAUCAACGAUCACUAUUAAUAACGAGAACGAUACAGAUGAAUCGAUGGAUGAGUCUGUUUUCGAGCAGAUAUGCGACACGAUAUUCGUUUUGAUUCCCGAAGUUCCACGAUUGAAGCAGCUGUUCCUAAGCUGGAGCCAGCUUGGCACCGAAGACAGGGUGCAACUGGAUGCCAAAGUAGCAAGCUGGUGUUGCCCUAAUAGACGACAGCUUUAUAAACCACUCCAGGAGGCUCUGAUUCGAUGGGAGACAGUACAGGACACCCAAGGCGCUCCCGGUUGCGAGCCAGGUAUGGUCUCGUUUUCCUGCGAUCCACAGCUGGAGGAGGAGCUCGUCAGCGUUAUUUACAGCUUGGAACUUUUGUUCACGAAGAACCGAAGGGACAAGGAGAUCGAUAUGGACUAUGAAAUUGGUCGUUGCACAGACAUCAAAAGGGAGAUGUCCUUGAACCUAAACAGCGAGAGUAAUCUGCGUUCCAUGCUCAGCCCAAAGGAUAGAACACCCCACUCUGUGCACAGUUGUGGUUACAUUGCUGAUUUCAAGAAAUCUGAUGACGAUCUCAGCGGAUAUCUGACUAAUUGAACAUAAAAUUGAUCUUUCAUCUUACCUGGAUCAGAUGAUGAAUU